UCUACGUUUUAUAGUUCACCAUGCUUCCAUUUCUUUCUCAAAGUUUCAACACUCUUUGUUUGUCCUCAGCUUCUGAACUCAACCAAGACAAAGCCAUGCAUGAAACAAAUAUGAUGAAGGCCAAUUCUAACUUGCAUAAAAGAAAGUCUAGCUUGAUUAGUGGUGGACAUCCUUCUGCAUUCAAGAAGAGGAUAUCAAGAAGGGGAAGCUAUGAGGAUUCUCUUGAAGUUGAAAGAAAGCAGCUAGAGGAUAAUUUUACUACAGAAGACAAUUAUAAUGAGAAUGAGGAUAAGAAUGAUGUUGGUGACAACACGGAUGCAGAAAAAGCAAGAGAUGAUGAUGAUGUAGUGGAUGACCAUCAAGAGGAAGCAGAGUACUUACCAGAGGGUGAUGGUCCAACUGCUACAGAGGAGCAACACCACAAAGGUUUGGUCACAAAAGAUGCAAAUGAAAAGAAUAAGCCUUCUACACGACAUUUCAUCCAUGGAUAUCACUUGAUCCAAGGACAGAUGAAUCAUGGAAUGGAAGACCAUAUUUUUGCUCAACACAGGAAUCUCGACGGUUAUGACUUAGGGUUGUAUGCAAUAUUUGAUGGUCACUCCGGUCAUGAAGUUGCAAAAUACUUGCAAAGUCAUCUGUUCGAAAAUAUACUGAGUGAGCCUGAAUUCUGGGAAAAUCCAGUGCAUGCUGUUAAGAAAGCAUGUAAAGCCACGGAUGAUGAGAUUUUAGAAAACAUAGCUGAUUCACGUGGAGGAUCAACAGCUGUUGCAGCAAUACUAAUUAAUGGAGUAAAGCUACUGGUAGCCAACAUUGGUGAUUCUCGAGCAAUAUCGUGCAAAAAUGGUCGAGCAAAACCACUUACUGUGGAUCAUGAACCAGAGAAGGAAAAAGAUCUUAUUGAGAGUAGAGGAGGUUUUGUGUCUAAGAAGCCAGGGAAUGUUCCCAGAGUGGAUGGCCAAUUAGAAAUGACACGAGCAUUUGGAGAUGGAAAACUGAAGGAGCACAUUACGGCAGAACCAGAUGUGACGAUUCGGAAGAUUGAUGAAGACACUGAAUUCAUCAUUUUGGCAAGUGAUGGCCUAUGGAAGGUGAUGACAAAUCAGGAGGCUUGUGACUGUAUCAGGGAUGAGGAUGAUGCGCAAAAAGCAUCCAAGAAGUUAGUCAAAGAAGCUAAAUCUCAGGGAAGCUAUGAUGAUAUUUCAUGCAUAGUUAUUAUAUUCUAGCUUAAGUCCUCCACAAUGCUCCUGCAUGUUAUACAUAGUUUCCUUUGUCUGCUCUGCUGUAAAAUAUUUUAAAUUCCUUUAACUCGAGGAAAUGUCUCUUUAAAGUCUCCUGAGAGUCAUGUACGGCAGUUUAACUAGCUACUGUUAUAUGUUUCUUUAUUUAGUCAA